CCUUUGGCUGUUUCCAUUUGUUUUCAUUUUAGGCAAUUGAUUUUGCUGCUGGAACUGUACAAUCCUAAGGAUGUGUAUGACUACCUACGACCCAUAUCACUCAGCCUCUGCGCCGAUAAGGUUUCUUCAGUCCGCUGGAUUGCCUACCGAUUGGUUGGUGAGAUGAUUAGAAAAUUCUAUGCAUCUGCAACUCCUGCAUUAGCAGUUGACCUCAUUCAUGAACUUGUUGAUAAGUUCUGCCAUUCUGUGAAGUGGUCAGGUCGUCAAGCCUUUGUUUUUGUCUGCCAGGCUGUGCUUGAAGAUGAUUAUAUUCCUGUGGAACAGUUUACUGAGCACUUGAUGCCACACUUACUACAGUUAGCAUCUGAUCCUGUUCCAAAUGUCAGAGUGUUAUUAGCAAAAACUUUGAGACAAACUCUAUUGGAAAAAGAAUACUUCAUGAACUCAGGCAGUUCUCACCAGGAGGCCAUAGAGCAAAUCGCUGUGGCACUGCAGGCUGAUCGAGACCGGGAUGUCCGAUACUUUGCUAGCAUAUACCCCAGCAGUACAAAGCUUGGCGAUGAUUCAAUGAGUACUGCUUCUUCCACUUAUUAAAACAGGCUGUUGUUUCAUGCACCAUUGGACUGAUCAAACCAAGUCACUGAUGAGUGCAUUAACUGUGUAUCAGCUGGAAUGUACUGGGUGAGUGCUCUAGAAUACGGCGAGAUAUCUGUUCUCUACACUGAACGAUGGCAUUUUAUGAUUGUGGUGACCUGCCUUGUGGCUCUUGAUUACACUGAGAUUCAUUUAGACUAUUACUAGUCGUGUGGCCGUGACUUAGUUUUCAUACCUUGACCACUGAAAAGUUCUCAGAGGAUUUUACCACCGAAGCCUUAAACUCCUGUAUUCUUAAAGCUAACAAACUUGAACAACUGGAGCCGCCUUAAUGGAGGAGGGAUUGCCAUUUCAAACCUAAUCAUUCCUUCCAGAAAAGUUAUUAGAAUGUUACUGACAAUUCUUGUCUAUAAACAACAUUUAAUUGCAUUUGCAAAGAAUAAGAUCCUGACAAGUUAAUGUGUACUUGUUAAUACUGUAUGAGAACUUUCAUGUACUCAUUCUGAAAAGUUCUUCUCAACUGUGCUAGUUAUGUCAAGGGUAUUUUUACCUAAAUGGAUUAGUUAUACCUCAUUUAGUUCGAACACAGACAGUGGGAUUGUAAUGUGGUCUUGAAGCUUGUCCAUUCAUACUACAGCAAAUUUCAGCCUCGCGGGUAUGAGAAAAUGGCUGCCACUGUUCUGCUUUGACUCACUUCCUUACCACCUCAUUCAUCCUUACUAAUGGUUUUUGUUCUAACUAUAUUGCACAGGAAUUGACCGAAUUAUAGAAGCAAAAGGGCAACAAAAUGCAUACAUAAUAUAUACUUAAUGCUUUUGAGUACUUUUUUUGUUAACAAAUUCCUCAUUGCUGGACAGAAGUGAAAACACAUGCAAGGGUUAAUGGUGGCUGUUAGUAGAGGUGUGCAGACCUUGCCAAAUUGAUCUAGAAUUUAUACCUCAGUGAGGUGGAUCUGACUGAACUCAAAGUAUGAAAUCUUGCACUAUCUGGUGUGCAAAUAACUUUACAUCUAUAUAAAUUUACACAUCUGACUCCACUUUUAAAUCACACAAGGCACCUUUUAUUUCUCAUAUACUCUACCUAUAAAAACAAUUAUCUGCUAUCUUGCUAGGUGAGGGGAAUAGAGACACAGAAGGUAUGCUGGAUAAUCACCAUGGGAUAAUGUUUUUUCAAAGAUCUUUGCAAUGUGAGGACAUUUCAAUCAACUAACUACCAUCUAUAAAAACUCAAUCUUCUGAGUUAACAAUCCUACCAUCUUCUUCAAGCUGAUGGUCUUUGUGCCUUAGUGGCAGCCAAUGAAGUCUCUCUCUGUUGAUUUGAAUUCUUUGGUCCAUGAUUAAUUAAUGUCACCUCAGUUUUAACAUUUGUAAUGAAUGGCUUCUGGUAAUUAGUAUACAUUUCAAUCUGUCUUCCACUUUUGCUAGUCUUUUCCAAGUAAUAGGCCUGUUCUAAAUUUUAAUGUAACAAAGCUAUCGCAUUCAUAGGGUAUCCUGGAUACAAUAUGUAAAUGACAUGAGAGAUUCCCAUUAGUCCAGGAGGAGAGACCAUUGGUUAAACAAGUUUCUGCAGAAUUUUUGGCACAUUAUUCAGUGGAUUUUGUAGUAACAAAUGCCUUGAAAUGGAGUUUGUAUUCUACUUGUACACUGGCUGCUCCAUGAGCUAUCAUGAGAAUUCUCUAGUGUCCACCUGAAGGAUAAAUGUUUCUUGCUGUAAACCCCAUUUGAGGAAUGACCUUUCUAACCUCUCCAUCUGUAACAGGGUAAAUGAUUGAUUGUGAUCUGAGACUGCUGUUGCAGAUCAGCCUACAUUGGCAAGUCUUCAGAAUCCAUCUCAGUUCUGGCGCUAGUGUAUGUGUGUUUGGAGAUUGAAUGAAUAUAAAAGACAAACAAUGGAUUAACAAUAGUCUCCAUUUUUCUUGAAAGAAGUCCAGCAUCCACAUAUCUUCUAUGUUUAAUAAAUACUUAUCUUUUCAGUUUGUAUUUUAUGAAUUUGCCACAUUUUUUAGUUUAUGAAGUCUCAGUAUUGCCUUGGACAAACUGAACUCAUUCCAGGCAAUAGUCCUCCGAAAAAUGUUGUGUUCUUCAGCUGAUUUGGCUCCAAAAACAUUAACAAUCAAACCAGUUGACUUUUAUCUUUCUCUUAACCAUGCCCCCCCAACUCCUCCACCAAACUUCCCUGCCACCAGGAUCAAAUGAGAUGAUCCAUUGCACAUGUGGAUUUUGGACUUCUUUCUCUUUUCAGAAAAUAGGAUGUUUCCUCUCACAGAUAAUCUAAUGUUACAUGCUGCAAAGUGUGGUAAAUGGUCAGAUUUCUGUGUGAUUUCAAAUGUGUGCAGUGGGAACUCUCGGGGUCAGGCUCAGCACCAACACUACAAAGUAUUCAAAUGAUUUUAAAAGUACAGCAUAUUUCUGUGUGUUAUGCAGAGUGCUGCUGUGUACUUAUAUCUGUUUCAUGCUGGUCAUGUCCUGCAGAGUAUAUUUUGAAUUGGAGUAGCACACAAGCUUUAAGUCAGAAAAUUCAGGUAUUUUAACUUUUUAUCAUGAUCGGCUGAAUGCUGCACCUUUUUUAUAUGUACAUAUCUGUGAGCACUCAAGUGCCCAUUGUUGAUCAUGUCAUAAAAAGCUGUUGUGAUACAAGUUGUUCUGUACUUGUCCAAAUAAAAAUAAAUAUGCAACUGUUUAA